GGGCGCGGCGCUCCCGCCGCUGUCCGAGGUGCUGACGGCACCGCCGGCUCCGGAGCGACUCCGGCGCUGUCCGAGGUGCUGCGGGCUCCGGAGUGACUCCGGUUUCCCCCCCCCCGGCGCUGUCCGAGGUGCUGGUGGGGAAGGGGGGCGCCGCGGCGGCCCGGCGACUGGCCACCCCCUCCGCCCUCCCCUCGCCCUUCCCCAUUGAUUUCUGGAUCAUUAAGUGGUUAAGGCGCUGCGAAGCCUUCACUAUCGAUCGCUGCCUCCCCACCUCCGGCUGGGAGCCCCCGGGCUGCCCCCCAGCCCCGCGCCGCCGCGGCUCCGGGCACGGGUGGGGUGGCCGGGACCCCGGGUGAGGUUGGGGUCCGUCCCCCCUCACCCCACCCCCUUCGCGGCCAAAGUUUGACUCUGCCUCCCUCUCCCCCCCUCUCCUGUCUGUCUGUGAGUGCAGCUGGGCGCGAUGCUGAAGACGGAGCAGCCCUGGAUCUAACGCGCGGCGCCUCGGAGAGCCUUGCAGCAAUUGUUGCCCGGAUCCCAGACUGAACUUUGUUCUUUUUUUUUUUUUUUUUUUUUUCUUUUUACCUUGUUUUUAUAUUUUUUUAUCCUUUCGCCUUUUUGUUUUUCCCUCCUGUUAUUGUUAAUUAUCAUUAUCAACCCGCUUCCGCCGCGCCCUCCCCGCCAAUGCCCGUGUGAGCGCCGGCACCUCGCGGGGGCCAUGGAGGGCUCCACCGGCUUUGGGAUCGACUCCAUCCUCUCGCACCGAGCCGGCAGCCCCGCCGUGCCCAAGGGGGACCCGCUGGUGGGGGACGGCCGGUCCCCGCUGGAGCUGAGCCCCCGCUCGGAGGGCAGCAGCGGCUGCCCCUCGCCCCGCUCACCGGGCCGCGAGUGCCUGGAGGCGGCGGCGCCGCGGCCGGGCCUGGAUGCGCAUCUCCAGCCGGGGCAGGUCUCGGCUCCCUCGCAGUCCCGGACCGUCACCUCCUCCUUCCUCAUCAGAGACAUCCUGGCCGACUGCAAGCCCCUGGCCGCCUGCGCGCCUUACUCCAGCACCAAUGGACCUCACGGCGGGCAGGAGCCGGCGGGAAGGAUCCCCACCAAGCCCGGCGAGGAUUUUAGGGAGAAAAUGGAAAAAAACACCAGCAGCUCCUCCUCGGACUCGGAGUACAAAGUGAAAGAAGAAGGGGACCGAGAGAUCUCCAGUUCCCGGGACAGUCCCCCGGUGCGGCUGAAAAAGCCGCGCAAAGCCCGCACCGCCUUCACCGACCAUCAGCUGGCCCAGCUGGAGCGCAGCUUCGAGAGGCAAAAAUACCUGAGCGUGCAGGACAGGAUGGAACUGGCCGCCUCCCUCAACCUCACCGACACGCAGGUGAAAACGUGGUACCAGAACAGAAGGACCAAGUGGAAAAGGCAGACGGCGGUGGGCCUGGAGCUGCUGGCUGAGGCCGGCAACUAUUCAGCCCUCCAGAGGAUGUUCCCCUCGCCCUACUUCUACCCGCAGAGUUUGGUCUCCAACCUGGACCCCGGCGCCGCCCUCUACCUGUACCGCGGACCCAGCGCGCCGCCCCCCGCCCUACAGAGACCCUUGGUGCCCCGCAUCCUCAUCCACGGACUGCAGGGCGGCAGCGAGCCCCCGCCGCCCCUGCCCCCGCUGCCCGGCGUCCUGCCCCGGGCUGCGCAGCCCCGGUGAGCCCCGGCAGCCCGGGCAGCCCCGCCGGCACCCACCGGGCCGGGGGGCUGGAGGGGGCCACCCCACACCUCUGGGGCCGCGAGCAAGAGACAGACUCCCGCUCAUCCCCAAAUAUAUAUAUAUACAUAUAUAUAUAUAUAUAUAAAAAAUUAUAAAUGAGACUCCCCCCCUCCUUUUUUAAAAUAAUAUAUAAAGAAUGCAAGAAUCAAGGACAGGCUUGGCAGGACGGAGCCGGCAGAGCUGCCCCUCACCCCGCGGGGCACUCACCACCUUCUUUACCCCGUUGUGCCCCCGACGGGCAGCGGGGCCGCUGCGUGUCCCCCACCUCGGCAUGGAACGGCGCCGGCAGCACGGGCGGGGGCCGGAUACCCCGGGGGGGCUUCGCCUCUCCGCCCCCUCCCCAGGAACAGUCAGGGGAGCCGAGCCCCACCUGCCACGGGCGGCUCCGGAGAGACCCCUCCCCGCUUUCUCCGGCUCCCCGAGCCUGGGGCAGCGGUCCCGCCGCCGGGAAGGACCGCGGGGUGGCCCGGGCCGAUGGCCCCAGCGAGACUUUGGGACGUCCGUAACUUAAACUUAAAAAAAUUAAAAAAAGUAAAAAAAAAAAAAAAGAAAAAAAAAGAAAAAAAAAGCGCGGUGGAAUGUAAAUACGGUGCAAAAUGUAUAUGAAUUAUUUAUUUGUGAACCCUGAGGGCGUAUUUGUGUAAGUGAUUCUUGUCAGUCUGUAUCCCGGGGCCGGCCCGGCCGGGCGGGGGGCGCGGGGGGGGGGGGGGGGGGCUCGGGGCGCCGCGGCCGCUCCCGCUCCCCCCUUUUUUAAAUGUGGAAAUAAAACUUCUUUACAAACAAACCGGUCUCGCCUCCGCCGGCCCCUUCUUCCCCUCCCGCUUGUUUGCUCUUGCGGAACGGCCGCCGCCGAGGGAAAGGGAAAAGCAAAGAGGAGUUUUCCCACCUCCCAUCGCACGGAGCCCCCCG